UCUGCAGCUCAUGUGGAGCAAAUGAUCCCUCGUGCACAGCUGAUGGCUGCGGGCGUGUCACAGGGUACAACAACUUCUUAUGCAUAGAUGGAAAUUCCAGUUUUCCUACCACACUGGGGAUGAAGACAGGGCCAUCAGCAAGGUGUUUCCGCCAAGGUUCAGAGCGAUGGAUGAGCAGGACAUAUCCCAGUGUGGGAUCAGGGGCAGGGUGCUACGAAAGGAGGUGUGUUCAUGACAACAGUUCAGGGUCAUACCAGCUUCAUGUGGCUGUUGAGCCAGGUGUUUGGGUGCCAUGCAUUGAUAAUGAGAUGGUGCCGCUUCCCUCUCAGUACUUCUAUAGCGGCAGUCUUGGGCCUUGCCCAGUUGCGAAGGACUACUGCCUUCAGAAUAACUGCCUAAAUGAUUGCUCUGGCAACGGACAUUGCUUCAAUGGAACUUGCUAUUGUUUCCCAAGCUAUGGAGACUAUGAUUGCUCUAAGAACACAUGUUUUCCCUCUAGCUGUUCGUCCGGAAAGGUCUGUGAUGAUUACCUUGGCGUCUGCCGGCUUGAAAAUGAGGUUCCACCACGGCCCCAGUCGAUCCUCCCUCCCAUGACAAGCAGAGAUGCGACUGAAUCUGCGGAUCCACCACAAAGUGCCCUCUGUGAUGGCACAAUGAAGUUCAGCUGGUCAGGCACUGUCAACUCUACCACUUCAGUGUUUCAAAGGGAGUUUGAGCAAGCUCUUCUGCAUGCUGCAGAAAAGCAGUCAAGCAGCGCUUCAUUUUCAGGAGAGGUGAAAGUGGCAGUUGACCUCGUGGAUGGGGACAGCGCAGUGUCGCUCAGUGCCGUUCAAAGCUUGACGGUGAACUAUGUUGUGAAGUUCGUUCCAAAGCAUUCGCUGUCUUCUGCGCAGAAUGCAGCAGAGCUGUUGAAGAAGCUGAUUGCCAAUGACCCACAAUCGAUCUUUUCCGGCAACCCAUACUUCGAUGACAAGGGGAAUGUGACAGUAACGCGGAAUGAGAUGACGUCACCAGGCUCAGGCAGUCAGAAUGGACUUUUGCCAAACAGUAUUCCAAAAAAGAUUCUGGGAAUCAAGACUGUGUAUUUUGCCCUCGUGGUCGGGUUAGUAUUGUCCAGUUUAAUUUCCCUUUUGUGUUGUUGCACAUGCUUUGGGGGAAAGGGAAAGCGUGAUAAGUACUAUCACCGUCAGAAUCUUGGAUACCCUGGAAUGCGACCGUAUCCGUCCUCAGCACCUCCUGCUCGCACUGUUUAUGCUUCAUGAAUGCUGAACUUCGACUUGACUAUGUUAAUCACUGUUCUUUCUUGGAUGUGGCAGCGUUUUUGAAUGCCACAUGUAAUCACACAGCAUGCCGGUUUGGUAUUUGCACUACCUUGGUUGAUUUUAACCUCUGAGAAAACUAAGUGAUCAAUCUGCCAAACCUCGUUCAGGCUGAAGCAUUCAGUUGUUCUUUUGCCCCCACACCUUCUUUCGAUAUCUGGACUGUCAUUUUGACAGUUACAGUCUCUUCCUCCUCCGCCUUUUCUAUCUAAAAAUCUUCCACUUUCGUCUGCAGUAGACCUCUAGGCAGUAGCUUUCCGAAGUCACAUUUAAUUGUACAUUCUGUAUAUCACCGCCCUCCCGUCUGUCUGUCUGAGUCAAUCUGUCUGUCUGAGUCAAUCUGUCUGUCUGCCUGCCUGCCUGCCUGCCUGCCUGCCUGCCUGCCUGCCUGCCUGUGUGUCUGUCUGUCCUCUGUGCUCUCUCUCUCUCUCUCUCUCUCUCUCUCUCUCUCUCUCUCUCUCUCUCUCUCUCUCUCUCUCUCUCUCUCUCUCUUGCGCGCACGUAUGCACACACAGACACAAUGCUGCCAUCUGCCUACAUACAAAGCACACAAUACAGACAAUCUUAUCAUCUGUUUACAGCAAUGUAUUUCGGAACACGCAACGAAGUUGCCUUGACUGGCUUCCCUCUGAUGAUUCACAAACGUAACAGAAUGAACUUGGCAUUGCUUGUAAAAGUAAUGGCGAUCAUUUGAAUGCAUACAAACACACAAACACAAGUGCAAACACACACAGAUACAGCUCCUCAGUCAUUCUGUCGGUAGGCGUGUGCAGGCACAGACACACCCGUUUGGACACGCAAACACACAUUUCGAGAUUAUGCAAGACACACCCGACAGUCUCGCAAUGUCUGUUCAGCUUGUCUAUUGUUUCCUAUUUUUUCUCUGCCUUUUGCAUCGCUCCCAAUGUUGAGAAGCAGGCGUGCAACACCGUCAUAUGUUCGCAGGCACUUUUUCAGGAGCUGUGUCGUCCAACUGAUGUUAUUAUGAGUCAGCACUUCGUUGUGUACUGAAUCUGCUUAUUGUUCCUUCGUCCAGAGUCCAGACUGAACUGAACCUGCAAUGCUCAGAUUUCCCCGUGCAUUUUACUCGUCUUGAACCUAAUUCUGCCACUUACAUAAUUUUCAUUUAUAUAUGCAGUAUUAUGCAGAGCGAUUACUCGAAACUUUGUGCUGCAUGGCCAGACUGCUUGCUUCUUCAAGUUUCCCAGCUGAAAUGCCAAACUGCUCAUUCCUUCAACAGACAUUUAAAGUCAUCCUCUCGUUCCUCGCAAGGAGUCUUGACUGUCAAUCACCUCAAAGUUCUUAUGCCACUGUCAUUUCAUGCAGUGUUUCCGCCUCUCCCUACUAACUUGAUUUCUCGUCUCUUCUGUAUGCUGAGUUAUAUCACAUCCCACCCCUUCAGCGCUCCCUUCUGCAGAGCAUCGAGCUGUGUAGAGUGUGUGAGUUGUGACUUGCCCUACUCUUCAAUCAGGUCCGAGUACUUCUCCUGGACUUUGUUCUAAAGAGUGCGGUUUUCGCUGAUGGUCUGAAUCACUGAAUGAUGAUUCUUGGGCUUUGGGGAAGUGCGACAACCAAGACUGUUGUGCGGAGAGAGGGAGGGGCUGGAAAACAUGUAUGAUCCAGUUUGGCCCGGAUUUCUCCCGCCGAGUCCCCAGCAUGUGCUCCGUGAUGGUCAUUCUGAUCUUUGUGUUAUUUUGAACAGCAACGGCCCCAUCUAUUUUUGGGGGGAAGCUAUCCGGUUGCUUAUCCCCCCGGCACGCAUGUACAAAUUUGCUCUGGACCAGUGUGAGCACCUGCCCCAGACACUGUUCUGAAGAGCACAGGUGUCUCUGAGGGUCUGAAUGAUGUUGGUUGAUUUUUCGGUAGCAUUUUGAAACCUUCCAUGCAUCACUAAUAGCUGCAGGGAGCCAGCUCCCUGAUGCCUGAAUGUGCAAUGCUAAGGGAUGUUGGAGUGAGAGAGGAUUUGUCUACGUCGAGAGGAGGGUUGUUGUAGUUGGAUGGUUCUUUCUGUCGUUACAUGCUACUGAGAGCUGCAGUGAUAAGAUUUGCCUACGUGACGGUGAUACAUGUAUUAUGGCAUAUAUAGAUUGAAACUUUCUAGGAUGGAGGAGCCACUCCAGUGAAUAAAACAUUGGCCAUACAUGUGCCCCAGUUGCUUUCCAGAGAGCUUGAGGUCUGCUCAUAAACUCGGUGACAACGUGCGAAUUGGCCGCGGCGGGAGAGUGAUUCCUCCGGUAUGUGCUUGAAAUGGUAAAAUCCAAUUAAGUGCUCUGAUGUACAGUAAAAUACUAAAAUGUGA